UCUCUCCGUCGUCUCCUCCGAGUUCCGAGAAGUGAAAGAGCCCCACCGCACCGCAUCGGCGGCUCGGCGCCACCCACCACCACCACCACCACCAGACACCCUCCGUCUGGGGGUUUAGCGCAUUAACCCCUCCCCCCGUAAUCCGCGAUCACCGAACCCCUCGCCGCCUCCCGCCCUCCCCUCAACCCUCGCCCGCCGAUUCCGCUCCCCAGGGGCUCGCCGGUGCCGGCAUCUUCCUCCGUCCGCCCGCGCGAGGCGUUUGGGUUGGUUGGGUGCCGGCGGCGCGCGAUGCCGACGGCGGCGCCGACGCCCAAGGCGGUGCUCCACCAGCGGUUCGGCACCAAGGCGCGGUACACGGUCGAGGAGAUGCGGGAGGCCGUGGGCGGCUGCCCGGGCCUCGCGCCGCAGACCCGGAGCGUCUACCGGUGCGCGCUCGAGCUCCCGGGCCUCUCCGUCGCCACGCCCGGCACCUUCGUCCGGAAGAAGGACGCCGAGCAGGCCGCCGCGCAGAUCGCGCUCGACAAGCUUGGUAUUCAGCCCCCAUCAAAUAUUCCCAGUACACCAGAAGAAGCUUGGGAUGAACUGAUCGCUCGCAUAUCUGGUUUCUUCAUAGAUGAGAACUUCCUAUCAUCUACCCAUCCUCUGGUUGGCCAUUUGAGUGUGACUCUCAGGAGAACUGGGGACCUCAUUGGGAGGUUACCUUUGUCGGCUAUUGCUGCAUGUGAUGUGAAGGUCAAUACAUUGUGUAAAGUGAUUAACCCUAAGGCAGAAUUUGAUCCUCUCUUGGUCCUUUCAUUAAUGUACAAUGCUGCAAAACAAUCUCCUGGAGUCUCGGUUAGUGAUAGCAACUUCUGGAUUCAGAGUCAGAAGCCCUAUUCUCCGGAGGCUGUUGACUUGGCACUUAAACGUUGGUCUUUUACAUCAGACCCUGUAGAAGUAGAAGCGAUUCUUGUUCCCCAUGUGUUGGAGAAUGAACUGAAGAUAAUAACUAUUAAUCUACGAGAUAAUAAACAUUAUAUGGGUUAUGUCGCAGAAAAGCUCACAGUGAGUGAUUCCUCUCAAGUUCUUGUAUCAAGAACAAUUGGAAAAGCAUCUUCUGAGAUAAGGCUGUAUUUUGCAGCCCCAAGUGUACAUUUUGUUUCUGAUAUGUCAAAAAAUGUGCUUGCUUGUCAUGGUGACGGUGACAUCAACUGCCAAGUAAAUAAGCGAGCCUCCUAUAUUUCUGGUCAAACAAUUUAUGGAGAUGCGCUUUUGGCAAAUAUCGGAUACACAAGGAGAGAUUCGGAACUUCACACUGAAGAUGUCAAUCUAUGCACCUAUUACAGGAUACUUCUGGGCAAGUUACCUGAUGGAAAUUGUAAGAUGUCUAGGGAUGCGAUUCUUGCAGCAGAGCUUCCAUCUGCGUACUCUCGUUUCAGUUGGAAAGGCCUUUCCCCACGAGAUCUCCUUUGUUCAUUCUGUCGCAAUCAGAGGUUGUCAGAGCCCCUUUUUGCUGUCAAUAGGGUCUCCUGUGAUAUGUUAACAUCAGCUGUGAGCUCUGAAGAAAGAGGAGAACCAGCAAAGAGUGUAGAAAAUCAGUACACCAAUGAUGUUAGAAUCGACAAGGAAAACCCAGAUAUUUUCACAUGUGAAGUGAAAAUAUGUUCACGGAAGCAGGAGAUUUUACUAGAGUAUUCUGCAGCUCACACUUGGAGCAAGGAAUCUGAUGCUAUUCAGAAUUCGGCAUUGAAGGUCUUGAUUUGGUUCAACAAUUAUUUCAAGCAACUAAACACAAAAAUGGACAAGCUAUAUCUUUCCAAGUGCAUUGACAGUUUCAAGAUACAUCCAAAUAUUUUUCUGCAAGAAUUUGCAAUGUGCUUAUCUGUUUAUAGUAAAACUGGAUGCAAUGAUUCAGGAAUCUGCAGUUCAGUUGGACCUUUUAUUGUGGAUACACCAAAGAAGCAGCUUGAAAGCACUGCAACUUUAACACACAUUGAGGGCCCAGAUUCUGGUGUUUUCCCAUCCCAUGGAUCAUUAACUUCCAUAAGUUAUACGGCUUCCCUUGUGAUGAAGGAUAAAGCAAAAAUAUAUUUGUUGGAAAGCCACAAUGAGUUUGAGUUUGAGAUAGGGACGGGUGCUGUUAAUAAUCAGCUUGAAUCAUGUGUAACUCAGCUAUCAGUAAAUCAAGCUGCAUGUUUUAUCGCUGAACUGCCUCCUAGGGAUUUGAUCCUGGCUGCAGCUUCUGAGUUCUCACAUGAACUUUCCAACGUAUCUAGAGAGAGCUGCUCUCUGGAGUUCUCUGUAAAGGUUUUGCAGGUAACCGAACCAUUAGAAGAUAGAAUGGAAAAGGCCUUGUUUAGCCCUCCAUUAUCGAAACAAAGAGUUGAAUUUGCUGUCCAGCAUAUCAACGAGCUGCAUGCUACCACACUUGUAAAUUCUACCUCAUUCUCUUGUCCCUUAUUUAUGAAAAUUAUUAGUUUUCUCAUAGUAAAGGUGCAUUUUCAGGUCGAUUUUGGUUGUGGAUCUGGCAGCCUUCUUGAUUCAUUGUUAGAGCAUCCAACCACACUAGAAAAGCUUGUCGGUGUUGAUAUUUCUCGAAAAGGCCUCACACGCGCAGCGAAGAGUCUUCAUCAGAAGCUGAGCAAGAAAUCGUUGGUGCAGACAACUGUUCCAACUGCUGUGCUCUAUGAUGGAUCCAUAACAGACUUUGAUUCUCGCUUAUAUGGGUUUGAUAUUGGCACUUGUCUUGAGGUGAUCGAGCACAUGGAGGAGGAUCAAGCGAGUUUAUUUGGCAAUGUCGUCUUGAGCUCAUUCCGCCCGACGGUGCUCAUUGUUUCGACACCCAACUACGAGUACAACCCUAUCCUCCAGAGGUCAGCUAUGCCCAACAAGGACGACGAGGCGGACGAAAACGCUGGUCCCUGCAAGUUCCGUAACCACGACCACAAGUUCGAGUGGACCAGAGCGCAGUUCCAGUGCUGGGCUACUGACCUCGCGGUGAAGCAUAACUACAGCGUGGAGUUCUGCGGCGUUGGCGGCUCAGGCGAGGAACCAGGCUACGCUUCCCAGAUCGCUGUUUUCAGAAGAAUGGCACGCGAUAUGGAAGAGAUGUGUCUGAAUAAAGACCAGGAUCAGCCUUACGAGCUUCUCUGGGAAUGGCCCAACGCGUCGAUACCCGUCUGAAUAGUCUGUAACACUUCACCUCAUGCUUGUAACUGAGGUGUGGGGAGAAGACCGGCACUAACCUGUGACCUAGGAUGAGGUGGACUCAUAGGCAUGUCCCAGGUGUAGAACUAAACAGUCCGUGAAUCAUUCCACGCUACUAUGGUGUGCUCUGUAAACCUAAACCCCACUGUUCUAUCGAAUUGGGGGUCUCAUAAAUAUCACUCCCGAGAACGCCACCCUAUGCCCCUA